CUCAGUUUUGCCGGUGUUGGAAUGCAAUAGAAAACAGACGGGAAAAGGUCUGGAAGGGGAGACGAGACGAAGAGUGAUAGAUAGAUAGUACGCGGUGAUUUGUAUUUUUUGUACUUGAGAAGGAUUAAAUAUAGGACUAAAACAGAAACUUUUUUUUUUUUUUUUUAAUAAAUCAAAGCAGGUCGAGUUUAGAGAAAGAGGGCCUUCUUUCAAAAGUGGAAAUUCGUUUUGAAGAAGUUGACUUUUUUUUUUUUGUUUUAUUCGUUGUUGGUUUGUUAAAGAAAAUGAGAUGCAGGUAGCAAACAUUUGGCAAAGCGUGCGAGCUAAGGAGUGUAUUCAGCGUUUUUGUUUUGUAUAACUUGUUUAACAAGCCUCAAAUUCUGUAGAUUUUCAGUAUCGUGGAGUCUGAAGAGCCAAGCAGUAUCUUACGCACAUACAGGGGUUUCCGCUGAAAUGAAAAAAAUAAAAGUGCAUACACAAAUAGUCGCGUGCGUUGAGAGACUGUGAAAAAUAAAGUUUUCAUUUGAACAUAAAAAAAAGCUUACCGAGCACAAACCGAGUACUAGAAUACAAUUUCCUAAUAACACAGGCAGGAUCCCGUGCCCUGGUAAGUACUUCAGAAAAGUGAAAUAAAAGGAGUUUAACAUUUUCAAGGGACACACGGUGCUGUGCUGGUACAGUGUAAACGCUUUGUCAAACCUAGUCUGAGCAAUGCCCGAGAAGGUUACAUAUUUGGUAGGGCAGCUGAUAGAAAAUGAGGAUGGUAACAGUCUUGAAGAUUUGAAAAUAUCGAAACCUUUAAGCGCUGAAACCUCACCAGAGACGCAGGAAUUAGCUAAUGUGAAUGCAGAGCAGACACCCACCACUCGGCUUUACAAGAGACGUUGGGCCAUAGUCUUUCUCUUCAGCGCCUAUUCAAUGUGCAACUCAUUUCAAUGGAUUCAGUACGGGAUCAUUAAUAACAUAUUUAUGAAGUUUUACAGCGUAACCUCGUUUACCAUAGACUGGAUGUCCAUGAUCUAUAUGUGCACCUACAUCCCCUUGAUAUUCCCAGUAACUUGGCUGUUGGAUAAAAAGGGGCUGCGAGUCAUAGCGCUGGUCGGGUCAGCUUUGAACUGUGUAGGGGCAUGGAUCAAGACAGCCAGCGUCAGACCGGACCUCUUCGGGGUCACGUUCUUCGGGCAGUUUAUGUGUUCGGUGGCCCAGGUAUUCAUCCUUGGAAUGCCGUCUCGGAUCGCAUCAGUGUGGUUUGGGUCUGAAGAGGUGUCCACUGCGUGCUCCAUCGCUGUCUUUGGGAACCAGCUGGGGAUUGCUGUCGGGUUCCUCAUUCCUCCUCUCCUUGUUCCCAAUGUGGAUGACUUUGAUGAGCUUGCACGCCAUGUCAGCAUCAUGUUCUACGGGACUGCCGCCAUGGCAACUCUGCUUUUCAUCCUUGUCAUUUUCGUGUUCCAGGAGCAGCCCAGUUUCCCACCCAGCAAGGCCAAGGCAGCUAUCCAGGCCAUCUCUAGUGAGCAGUACUCCUACCUGCAGUCCAUUCUGAAGCUCGUCAGGAACCCCCCCUUCAUCCUGCUCAUCGUCACAUAUGGUAUCAAUACGGGUUGCUUUUAUGCUGUGUCAACACUACUGAACAAGAUGGUUAUAGAGCACUACCCAGGUGAAGAGAUCAAUGCAGGGAGAAUUGGUCUCACGAUUGUCAUUUCUGGAAUGGUUGGCUCACUAAUCUGUGGCAUAUGGCUUGAUAAAACCAAAAGUUACAAAAAGACUACACUGGUCGUGUAUAUCAUGUCCCUUGUUGGAAUGGUAGUCUACGCGUUCACACUGAACCUGGGGUAUCUAUGGGUAGUGUUCAUCACUGCUGGCUCGCUUGGGUUCUUUAUGACUGGGUACCUGCCCCUAGGCUUUGAGUUUGCUGUUGAGCUGACCUACCCUGAAUCAGAGGGGACCUCCUCAGGGCUCCUCAAUAUGGCUGCCCAGGUGUUUGGGAUCAUUUUUACCAUAAGUCAGGGGAAAAUCAUCGACAAUUUUGGGACUUUACCUGGAAACAUUUUCCUCAGUGUUUUUCUUUUACUGGGCACCAUUAUGACAGGUUUUAUAAAAGCAGAUCUUCGCAGACAAAGGGCCAACCAGUCAGCUGAACCCACUUCCCUAGAGAGUAACUGCUUCAGGGAUUAUGGGGCGACUGCUGCAGCCACGCCAACCUUGAAUAAUUGAUAAAUAAUCGAAAAGCACUUGAAGAGACCGGAAGGUGAUUUGCAAGAUUUGGCCUCUACUGCAGUGAUCUUAAAGGAAGAAAAGCUUUAGAGGGGGCAUCUCGUCUUGCACAACCCAGCCCUCCUCUAACUUACCUUCCUGGCAUCUUCACAGCUUAGGGAAACUGGGGAUGAGUGUAUGGGGCCACAAAGCCAGUAUCAUUGUUAAAUGUGCAUUGUCCUACGUUUUUUAUAGAUGCUUCUGAUAAGGUGAAUUUGAAAUUAUUGUUACAUACAAUUACCCAUUUAUGCAGUUUUUACUGGAGCAACACAGGUAAAGUACCUUGAUCAAGGGUGCAGCAGCAGUGUCUCCCACCUGGGAUUGAACCCACAACCCUCCAGUCAAGAGGCCAGAGCCCUAACUGCAACUCCACACUGUUGCCCACUUACUGUAACAUCUCAACCUGGUGGCCAAAAGUUGUAAUUUAUGGGGGUGGGAUGGUUUGUGUUUCAUAUGAAAAUCUAAGCUGGAUUUUUAAUUUUUACUUUUUUUAUACAAUAAGAAACAACAAAUACUGUCCCUUUAUACAUUCUCAGAUGUGCGUACUGUACAUUAAUCCUUUAGGUAAUGUUAUUUAUUUUAAUAAUGCACAAUUUAUUUUUUAUGCCAACUCUUUGGAAGUGGUUAGUCACGAGUGCAGAAACCAAGGUUUUGAUGGCACUACAAAGCAGCCUGCAAAGAUGACUACUAUUGCUUUUUGAAGGGAAAAUGAGCUCCCCAAUAACCCAGUUGUGAUGUUCAUCUCCUUAGUUAAUAUUGGGCAUAGAGUAAUUCCUGUUCCAUUUACUGUGCUCCAUACCUCAUACUGCUCUUUUAAUAGCUACCUUCCUGCUGAUUCAAUUAAAAACCAUACACAUACACACACACACACACACACUGCCUUGCAAAAGUAUUCAGACCCCUGACCAA